AUGGCAGAUGUCUACAAAGAAGCCAAAAUGGGGCUUUCGUGGAUGGGGGAGGAGUACGAGGAUAGCUCUUUGACGCUCAGAAUGAUCCGAAAAUGGGCCUCACUUUCGGCGGCCAUCAAAUAUAAGCUUUCACAAGGAGAACUAUCCGCAUUUUUUGAAAACAAAUUACAAGAUGAGAUAUUCAUGCCAAGAUCUGUCACCGCUCUUAAGAACAUGCUGCACAGACUAUAUUGGCAGCGAUUACGGUGCAAUGUGGGCAUGAACUUUUACCAUUUAAUGUAG